AUGGCAACCCAGUUCUGGAAGUUCGCGCUCUUGCUGCUGGAGUUCGUGGCGGUACAUGGCCAGAGCCAGACCCCCGAGACCUGUGAGGGAGAGACCUGCGAGGAGGGCGUGUUCAUGCAGGUCCGCUCCAUGCCAGCAUCCUUCCUGGAGCUGUCCCUGGCACAGAUCCGCAGCGGAGCCCGCGGUGCGCCGGUGGAACAGCUCAAGCAGCAGCUUCGUAGCAUGGCCAUGGCGAGGGUAGGGGCCGGCAGUGGCGACCCAAACUACACUGUCUGGAACAUCAGCCAGGCCAACUUCUCCGCAGUCUUCGCCUCCAUUAAAGAGGACAUGGAGGCGAUCAUCGACGAGAUCGAGCUCUCAGCGACCCGGGACAACAACCAGCUCGAGUUGGCGCGGGGCGCCGUGGCCGACUGCAACACGCAGCUGAACAGAAGUGUUCCGCAAGACGUGCAGGACUUGGGGUCGUCACACGACAAUUGCCGUCUGGACCAGAAGCAGGCUCGCUGGAAUGCAAUUCUUGCCAGCACUCAGCUGAACGAUCACCUCCAAAGCCCGUAUGCCUCUCACCCAGACGCUCCAGGUUGCUUGCGCGACUUUGCACAGUGCGAUCAGUCCACUGACGUCACUGACCCUGCGAAUGCGCAGCGCGCCGCGGAAUGCAAGGGCAUCAUCAGGGCCUGGUCGGCUUCCAACUUGACCGAAACCUUGGUUCAGGACUCUGAAUCUGCUGCUGCCACGUAUGAAGCGCGGAGAAAAGAGUGCAACGCCAAACAGCAGGACUUCGAGAUUGGCUACUGCAGCUUCCGCACGCAUCUAUUGGACCAGUGCAGCUUGCGGGACAACUGCCACGACAGCGCGCAGAGCCUCUUCAACAGCACCCGUGACCUCAUCCUUCAAUCGAACGCCAGCCGGUACGUGGCUUACACCUCCGCAAGGCAAGUGCAGUGCUACAUCGACGUGCUGAGUGCGGACGAUCUGACAGCCUCUGCUGUCGACAGCUGCGACCAGGCCCAGUUCGACACCUCCAACCUCACACUUAACAUCCCCGAGCUGCCCGCCAAGCCGCAGUGCGAGGUCUCUGAUGACGACUUCCCUUGCGCAGACGAUUGGAUCCGCGAGACCUACAGAGAUAACGUCCUGUAUGCCGCCUGCAGACCAUGCACAAUUUCCGCACAAGCCAGUUCUUCGAAUGCCAUUCGUCUCGGGCGGGGCGCCUUCCACGAGGGUGACGGCUGGGCCGGCAGAGUCGAAGUCUUCCACGACGGCCAGUGGGGAACCGUUUGUGACGACUCGUUCGAUGACACUGCUGCUGCGGUGGUUUGCCGCCAGCUGGGCUUUGAGCGGGGCGGCGUUGUUCUUGCCACGGAUCCCGGAAGUGGACCUGUGUGGUUGGACCGGGUGGCGUGCACAGGUUCAGAGAGUCUACUUUGGGACUGCAACUUCACAGGUUGGGGCUCCCACAGCUGUUCGCACGAGGAAGAUGUCGGAGUUGACUGCCAGGCAGAGGCGUCAUGGGCGCUGCAAUACAAUGCUGUGAAGGGUUUCCAGGAUGCCGCCCUUGCAACCACUGACAGUGGAGGUUUUCUGCAUGGCGGGUGGAGGGAUUCCCAUUUUUCUUCGCUCUACCAGUAUACCAAUCGAGCAGACUACGCGGCGAUUUGGAGUUACAAAAUUACCUUCGGCGAUGGUCCAUCUGGCCGAUCACGGCACUCCUUGGUGUGGACGGGCUCGAGCCGGAACAGCCUGAUUCUGUACGGUGGGGCGACCAGUGACAUUGACGGUUAUGACGGCGCUGUCUAUGAACUCACCUUGCAGGACUUGUACUGGCACAAGGACGAUCAGGGAAUAAGUCAGGUUCCAGCACGGUUCGGCCAUUCGGCGGUGUGGGUACCAGACAAGGGCAUGUUGGUCUAUGGCGGAUACUGGAAAGGCCAAAUUUGGGAGGACCUUUGGCUGUACACUUUGUCCAACGUAUGGUCUCGUCUGGCCAGCCAAGCUGCACCAGGCGAGCGAUAUGGGCAUGUAGCUGUUUGGACGCAGAACGAGAUGCUGGUGUUUGGUGGAAAUUCCAAUCCACAUUCCACGACUCUGUGGAUCUAUAGACCCGACACUGGCAGUUGGUUCACAUUUCAAGGAACGUCGUAUGAAUAUUCAACCUACAAAACCUCGGCUGUGUGGAAUCCCACCAGAGAGUCCAUGCUGGUUUUUGGUCACAACAAUGGCCCUCCCGUGCUUACCGAAUGGAUCCGGAACAACAACUCCUGGUCCCUACAGCGGCGGAACGUCCCAGACUCUGUGACCUACCGUAGAGGUACCACUGCGGCCUGGGUGCCCGACAAAGAGGUCAUGCUGAUCAUUGGUGGCUUCAUCACCGCCACAAGAACGUACACUUCAGAAGUUUGGACAUUCAAGCCGUGA